GUGCCGGCCGCCCGAAACCCUAAAUCUUUUCUUCUUCUCGUUGAUUUGAUGUGACCGUCGCACCGACGGUAGCGUUUUCUCUCCCUGAUAUCGAAGAGCCCCUGUACCCGCGCACGCAUCGUUGUGCUUUCCAUCUGUUUUCCAAAGGUCUAGGGUUUCGAGAGAUGUCGGACGACGAAGCAAGGGAGGAGAAGGAGUUGGAUCUCACCUCCCCCGAUGUCGUCACCAAGUACAAGAGCGCCGCUGAGAUCGUCAAUAAGGCCCUUCAGCUGGUGGUAUCGGAGUGCAAACCCAAAGCCAAGAUCGUUGAUCUCUGCGAGAAAGGCGACGCUUUUAUCAGAGAGCAAACGGGGAACAUGUACAAAAAUGUAAAGAGAAAGAUUGAAAGGGGUGUAGGCUUCCCAACAUGCGUUUCUGUCAAUAAUACAGUGUGCCAUUUCUCACCGCUAGGGAGCGACGAGGCAGUUCUGGAAGCGAAUGACAUUGUGAAAAUUGACAUGGGAUGCCAUAUCGAUGGGUUUAUUGCGGUGGUCGCACACACUCAUGUUAUCCAGGAAGGACCUGUGACCGGCAGGGCUGCAGAUGUGAUCGCUGCUGCCAAUACCGCAGCAGAAGUUGCCUUGCGGCUCGUGAGGCCUGGAAAGAAGAAUAAGGACGUCACAGAAGCUAUUCAGAAGGUAGCUGCUGCCUAUGAUUGCAAAAUUGUUGAGGGAGUGCUUAGUCAUCAGUUAAAACAGUUUGUAAUUGAUGGGAACAAAGUCAUAAUAAGUGUAACGAACCCUGAAACUCGUGUUGAUGAAGUGGAAUUCGAAGAAAAUGAAGUGUACGCAAUUGAUAUCGUGACUAGUACAGGUGAAGGAAAGCCGAAACUGUUGGAUGAGAAGCAAACUACCAUAUACAAAAGAGCUGUCGAUAAAAGCUAUCACUUAAAAAUGAAGUCAUCGAGGUUUAUUUUCAGUGAAAUAAGCCAAAAAUUCCCAAUUAUGCCAUUUUCUGCAAGGGCUUUAGAAGAGAAGCGAGCUCGACUUGGACUUGUUGAAUGUGUGAACCAUGAUCUUUUACAGCCAUACCCUGUGUUGCAUGAGAAGCCUGGAGAUCUUGUUGCGCACAUUAAGUUUACGUUACUGUUGAUGCCCAAUGGGUCAGACAGGGUUACUUCUCACCCACUUCAACAGUUGCAGCCUACCAAGACUAUCGAUGACAAUCCUGAAAUAAAGGCAUGGUUGGCGUUGGGAACAAAGACAAAGAAGAAAGGUGGAGGAAAGAAGAAAAAGGGCAAGAAAGGAGAUGGCCGUGAUGACUCCGCAGACGCCGAACCAAUGGACACCACAUCGAAUACUGCAGUUGCUUAGUCUGACCAGUGUCUUGAGUUAUGGUGUACUCCUAUUGAAUUUGUUAGUACUUCCCCAAGCCUUCCAACCUUUGAAUGAAUUGUGUGUUUGGGAAAUGGAAAUCCACAUUAUUCUAAUUCGAGGAGAGUUAAAGGAUUUUUGUACUAAAAUUUCGCAAAGCUUCGGUGAGGAGGAUGUCAAAACAAAUAAAUUGUGUUGCUUCGGUCGUGGACUCAUUUAUGCACAAGCAUAUUACCUUGUGAA